CUGGGCCCACCCUCUUCUUGGGGGGUGAGAAGUCUAAGUACAUUGGUUUGGACGUUGGCGCCUCUGAUGACCGGUGGGAGUGCGGUGGAGAUGAAGUCUCCUGUGGAGGAGGAUCUGUUCCCGAUGCCCCGGGAUGGUGUGGGCGACGUGUCAGACCUGCUGUCCCUCCUCAGGCAGAAGGAGAAGGAGUUGGACCUGGCAGCCCAACUGGGCAAAGCUUUGCUGUCAGAGACCCAGGAGCUGAAAGAACACAACCAUCAGCUGCAGGAGAGGUUCAGUCGCACAGUGGAGGACCUGGAGCAGGAGAAGCACGAGUGGCGGCUGAGGUUCGAGGGGAAGGAAAGCGAGUGGGAGGCGCGAGUGGCUGAACUGGAGAAUGAUUUGCAACGACUGGAGUGUGAGCUGGAGAGACGCCAUCGAGCACUGCAGGAGGCUGACAGGGACAAGAUACACUCGGUGCAGGAGCUGAGAGAGCAGAACCACAGGCUGCUAGAGCGGCUGAGUAAGGCAGCAGUCAUGGAGCAGGAGCUGACCUCAGAGCUACACAGCCUGAGGGAGCGGCACAGAGACAGGUCCCAGCUCCUGAUUGAGGAUGCCACCACCACACACAGUCUCCAGGCAGAGGUGGCGUUGCUGUCGGAGCAGAAGGAAGAGCUGGAGCGACGUGGAGCGGUUCUGCUGAGGGAGAACGUGUCACUGAAGAGCAGCUCGGAGACACGACAGGAACAGCUGUCAUUGCUACAGCGAGUACACCAGGAGCAGUUCCUGCAGCUGAGCCUGUGGCAGAAGGAAGGGGAGGAGAUGCGGGAGCUGAAUCGGCAGCUGGAGGUGAGGCUACGGGAGGUGACGGAGCAGCUGAUGAUGCAGGAGCCCACACAGGCCAACCUGUCUCUGCUGUCAGAGAUCGAGCUCAGCCUGGACACGGACAGCCCGAGCUGGGGGGCCGAGAGACAGCAGAUAAAGGGUGAAAUUGUGGACCUUGUGCAGGAGCUGCAGUCACUGAUGGGUGAGGAUUCCCCAGAAACGGGGAGUCACAUGGAGCCUCAGACUCUACACGCCGCCCUCUCACAGCUCCGACACCUGGUUUGCAGUCUGUCACAGAGUCCAGCCACACCGGUGCAUGUCCAAGGCUCACGGCUGGUGCUCAGACAGGAGAGCGAGCAAGCAGCAGGGAGGCUGGAGGAACAGACAGGGGAUCAACGGCUACAGCAAGCUGUCCACGAAAGGGACGCCGCCAUUGCAAAGAAGAAUGCGGUGGAGGCAGAGUUGGCCCAGUGUCACCUGGACUUGCAGUUACUGAACUCACAGCUUCUGGAAGCCAUUCAGCAGAAAGUCGGCCUGUCACAGGAGCUGGAGGCCUGGCAGGACGACAUGCACGUUGUGAUAAAUCAACAGCUGAAGACCCAGCAGUGCUCUGGGGGGCGGCCUGGGCUCCCGGGGACAAUGGCAGUGAGGGUCGCGACUCCAAGAGUCUCAGUCACUUCCUCCGCAGGACUAAGAAGCCAAGGCUUCUUCUCGUUGUUUAAGAUGUGAGGCUUUGGUUCCCUCGGACCAUCAUCUCUCUCUGCACUUUCACAAAGCAGCCCCAGACGAGCGAGAGCUCAGAACAUAUGGUGGAAUAGAUGAAGCUCAAAGGCUGAGUGGAAAGUGUGUGAGAUGGUUAUACAGGAGCCACACCAUGACACUUAAUGAGGGCUGCGAACCUUCAUGGAUAUUUUUGUAAUCAGAAAUUAAUGGGAGACUUUCCCAGUGAGGGAGCAGGUCUGUGUCACAACACAAAUUGCAUUUACACUGUUCAGCAUCUUUCAUAUCAGGAGCAGCAUAUGAAGUGAGCCCAUGACGUGAGACACAUAACAAACCACAAGUGUCUUGUUGAGGCUUGUGGAUAUUCUGUGAAUAAAACGUUAUUUAUUAAUUUAUUAUAAAGCAUAAUUGUUGAUUCAUUACCUCACUUGAUGGGGGAAUUAGAGCAAAUAGUCUGUAGGACGUGCAGGGGAGGACACUAAUGUACACUCCAGAUAUGACAGUCAUGUACACUGUCCAUUCAUAGUACAGUCAGGUACAAUCUAUUAUACACAGACAGCCUCUAGUGUACAGUCUAUAUGAACACCACUGUAUUCAGCCAUAUACACAGUCUGUAGAGAGAAUCACAGAUACCGUAUGAAGAAUUGGGAACACUGUCUAGACUGCACAGGGAGCAUCAUGUGCAGUUUACAUAUUCGCACCAUCUGUAGUGCACAGAAAAUAUUUUUUAUUUUGUAUUUAUUUUUGAAGGUCUAGAAAUUAUUGCAAUAAAAUUGUUGAUA